CCCGGCUGUGGCCCCCGGCUGCGGAGAAGUCCGAAACGCUGCUGCCGCGCCGGGGCUUGAGUGGCCGCCUCCUCCACCGCCGGCGGACCCGGAGCGCCCCGUACAGGUUUAGACCCAGUGUUCCUGCUGGGCUGUGCCCAGGUGCAGAGCCAUGCCAAUCGCUGGGUGAAGUCGGAGGCAGUGAUGGAGCCACUGCAGCCUCAGCAGAAGCAGCAGCAACCGCAGCAGCCGCCGCCACCGCCACACCUGGCUCCUCGGCAGAUGGAUGCCAGAGAGAAGCAGGGACAGCAGAUGAGAGAAACCCCGUUCUUGUAUGCCCAGAAGCUGGUCACACAGCAGACUCACCUUUCUGCCACACCUGGGAGGCCUUCUGGUAGCCCUGCCCUGGGUCCCUUAGGCAGAGUUCCACCGGCCACAGCAGUGGGCCGAGUUUUUGAACGGAGCAAGGUGAACUCAGAGACCGAGGAAGAGGAAGGAGGUUUGGAAGAUGAGGAUGGGGAUGAUGAAGUUGCAGAGGUGGCUGAGAAAGAGACCCAGGCUGCCUCAAAAUAUUUUCAUGUGCAGAAGGUGGCUCGCCAAGACCCCAGAGCAGCACCCAUAUCUGGUCUGCUUCCAGUGCCAGGGCUCCCACCACAUGGACAGCAAGCUAAAGAAGACCAUACCAAAGAUGCUUCUAAGGCCUCCGCUUCAGUCUCCACAGCAGGGCAGCCAGGCUGGAAUCUGGAUGAGCAGCUCAAGCAGAAUGGUGGUUUGGCCUGGAGUGAUGAUGCGGAUGGAGGCCGGGGAAGAGAGAUCUCUCGUGAUUUUGCCAAGCUGUAUGAACUGGACAGUGAUCCGGAAAGGAAAGAGUUCCUGGAUGACCUCUUCGUCUUUAUGCAGAAGAGGGGCACCCCCAUCAACCGAAUCCCCAUCAUGGCCAAGCAGAUCCUGGACCUGUAUAUGCUGUAUAAGCUGGUGACCGAGAAGGGGGGCCUGGUGGAGAUCAUCAACAAGAAGAUCUGGAGGGAGAUCACCAAAGGCCUGAACCUGCCCACAUCCAUCACCAGCGCCGCCUUCACCCUGAGGACCCAGUAUAUGAAGUAUCUCUAUGCCUACGAGUGCGAGAAGAAAGCCUUGAGCUCCCCAGCCGAGCUCCAGGCAGCCAUUGACGGCAACCGCAGGGAAGGCCGGAGGCCUAGCUACAGCUCCUCCCUCUUUGGCUACUCACCCACUGCUGCCUCUGCCGCUGCUGCUGCGGCCCCUGCCCUCCUCUCCCCACCCAAGAUCCGCUUCCCCAUCCUUGGACUGGGCUCCGGCAGUGGCACCAAUGCCAGUGGCCCUCGGGUAUCCCCAGCAACCACUCUCAGGAAAGGUGAUGGAGUCCCAGUGACAACCAUGCCCGUGCCAAAUCGCCUGGCUGUGCCCGUGACCUUGGCCGGCCAGCAGGCCGGUAGCCGGACGGCCACGCUGGAGCAGCUGCAGGAGCGGCUGGAGUCAGGGGAGCCCCCUGAGAAGAAGGUGUGCAGGCUGUCGGAGGAGGAGCAGCGCCUGGUGCAGCAGGCCUUCCAGCGCAGCCUCUUCAGUGUGGCGCGGCAGCUGCCCAUGAAGAUCAGGAUCAACGGCAGGGCAGAGGACAGAGCAGAGGCCUCGGCUGCAGCGCUGAACUUGACCACGAGCGGCAUCGGGAGCAUCAACAUGUCCGUGGACAUCGAUGGCACCACUUACGCAGGUGUGCUCUUUGCCCAGAAGCCUGUGGCCCAGCUCAUCGCAGGACCGGCUCCCCAGAGCAUCGGCAGCAGCGCCAGCAGCAGCAGCAGUUCUCACUGCUCGCCAAGUCCUACCUCAUCCCGGGGCACCCCCAGCGCAGAGCCCUCCACCAGCUGGUCCCUCUGAGGGGCAGGACCCAGCUCCCACUCCCCACUCUCCCAUCGAGGGUGGAGGAAGUUGAUGCACAGAAUUUACCUCAUCUCAUGGAGCCCACAUCAGACACCAUUUGGCCAGAUGUUGAGAGUUUGGACGCGUCCGUCUGUCCAGGCUCCAUCAGGUCCUGCUGUACUCUAGAGGCAAGGAGAGGCUGGAGGGGCCUGACAGGGCAGCGUUGUCCAAUCAGGGAUUGUUCUGGAGAACUGGGCGGGGUCUGUGGGCAUCCAGCUUCCUCCAGGGCUCCCAGGCCACCUCCCAUCCCGGGCACAGUGUAUCGACAAUCUGUAAGCUGACACAGGGCUAGAGGCCCUCCACAUCCCUUCCCCUUUAAUUUAUUUCCCUUCCCCUGCCUUCUGCCAGGACCCCAGGGUCACUGGUCUCUUCCCUGCUCAGUCCCCCGAUCUUUAACUCCUAUGUGGGGCUGCUAGGAGCCAAGAGCAUGCCUUUGUGGCCCUUCUCUACUGAGCAUGGGACAGGGUCCUCCCGGCCCACCUUGCCUACCGUGUUUUGUUCCUGGAAUGUGGGUCCCUCAAGUUCAGGUCUUCAAGCAGUCCUCAGGGCCGCAUAUCUCCCUUCUGAUGGUCCCAAGAAAGGGCUCACGAGGGCAGUCUCAGGACCCUAGGCCUGCUGGGCAUCUGCCGAAGGAGAGGCAGAGCCUCAGGGGCUGCCCGGGCAGGCCCUGGCACCCACUCCACUGCCCCUUUUCUGACCCUCCCAGACCUCUCGCCCCUGUUGGCCAGCUCUCCCAGGAAACAGCCCUCUUGUCCCUUGGGCCCCUCUUGUGGGGCCACCUCAGCCCUCACACCCCCAAAACCUGCCAAUGUCAGGUUCAUUGAAAUACCUCAGAUUUGUAAUUGUUGAUGUUUGAUUCUUCAGGAAGUAUUUGCAUCUCUGAAAUCUUUUUUAUAUGUGUUUGCUGACUUUUGUGUUUUUUUUUUUUACUUUAAAGUUUUUAUUGUUGUUAUUGUAGCACCAAAGAAAUGACAGGUCACCCCCAAAGCCAAGCAAAUGAUUUGGUACCCCGGCCUUGCAGCCCUUCCCUAAGACCCCAGUGAGGAGGCGGGGGAGGCAGCAGGAGAGAUGACUCAGGGAUCACAGUGGCAGGAGGAGGUGGAACGGAGAGGCCUGCUGUCACGCAGGCUGGAUCCUGAAACCACACCGGUUCUCGAGAUGGCCCUUGACCCGUUCCCUCCAGAGCGGGGCAGCCCCACACCCCACUGCCCAGCUCACCGGGGCUGGGGCAGGGCGUCUCCCCUUCACUCAGCAUUCCCAUCUCAGGGCAGGCGUGGGCUGUGGGGGCCGUGGGCCUUGCAGAGGUCAAGCUGCCUCAGAGGGUGAGAUGCUGAGAAAGCGCUGUCUCUCAUCUUGGACCCUGGGGUGGAGCGGGCUGCUCCUGUGUCAUAAAGAAGAGGUAAUUCUCACACAAGGCUCACCUCUCGGUCAAGUAAGCCCUGCAUUGUUCGGUAGAACCCCACCCACUGUGGCAUCGUCGGGCUGUGGAGGUGGGAGACCAUGGCGGUGCAAGCCCAUGCACAGCUAACGCUCAGUCCAUCUGGGAAAGGAAAGGGAACUCACACGCUUGAGCACAAAACACAUACCUCAGCCCAGCGAGCUACAGCUGCACUGACUGCAUCUUCUCUCUCCCCUCCCCCGCCCUCCACACUGUCUCACACUCACACGCUCACACAAACAGCCCCAUACGCUGGGGGCUGACCCUCUCCGGGCCUCACCAGGCCGGCGCAGGAUGUGGCAGAGAAGGGUGUCUGGGGCAUGUGUCAGGCAGGGGCCCGAUUGGCUGGCCCUGGGCCCACCUGAAGGCGUCACAGACAUUGCGCCAGUGUGUCUUUCUCAGGGCUUUGGUUACGAGGGAUGGACUCUGCCCACCUGGAGGACACAGGGACGGUGCUCUGUGUCUUCCCGGCUGUCAGAUCCUCUCCCUUUCCGCAGGCAGCUUGCCCAGCCUCGCCCUCGGCAAGCCCUCACUGCUCUCACGGGCAACAGCAGGGUCUCAGCCUGGAAGCCUGAGGGUGGGAGUGCCAGCAGGUGUCCCCAAGGAUGGGGCCCUGGGCCAAAAGGCGCGCUGCUGAUGGUGCAGCCCUGAGGUCACAUGGCAGCCGUCGGCCAGGGCCACUCUGUCCUGUUCCCCUCCCCGUCUUACUUGUAUUUAACCAGGAAAAAAGUGGGAUAGCACAUGGGCAGCCUAGGCAGUGCAUAAAUACCUCAGAAGUCCUCUUGCAGCAAGUGUCUGUAUAUGUUGUGGUUAUUUUCUAUCUUACAUGUUCUUGAAUGUUUAUAUUUCAAUAAACCUCUACCUCUU